GGGGCGGAGAGCUGCGCGGGCGCCGGGCGUCUGGGCAAGAGAGGGCGGGCGCCACGCACCGGGUCGCGGGCCGAGAGCGCGCACGCUGCGUCCCGCCCCCGUCGCCGCUGCUUGGGAGCUGCAGCGGCCACAGAUACCCUCCCUGCAGAUGGUGCCCACCAUCAGUGCUAUCCUGUGUGUGCCAGGCUGAUCCAUGGUCACUUUUCGGGAUGGCAGCAAGGUGACGUCAGCUGAGGAUGACCCUGACUGAAAGGCUGCGUGAGAAGAUAUCUCGGGCCUUCUACAACCAUGGGCUGCUCUGUGCGUCCUACCCCAUCCCCAUCAUCCUCUUCACGGGGCUCUGCAUCUUAGCCUGUUGCUACCCACUGCUGAAACUCCCCUUGCCAGGAACAGGACCUGUGGAAUUCACCACUCCUGUGAAGGAUUACUCGCCCCCGCCUGUGAACUCCGACCACAAACGAGGAGAGGCUAAUGAGCAGCCUGAGUGGUAUGUGGGCGCCCCAGUGGCUUACAUCCAGCAGAUAUUUGUGAAGUCCUCAGUUUCUCCCUGGCACAAGAACCUCCUGGCAGUAGAUGUGUUCCGCUCACCUCUGUCCCGGGCAUUCCAGCUGGUGGAAGAGAUCCGGAACCAUGUGUUGAGAGACAGCUCUGGGACCAGGAGCCUGGAGGAGGUGUGCCUACAGGUGACUGACCUGCUGCCAGGCCUCAGGAAGUUCCGGAACCUGCUCCCCGAACAUGGCUGCCUCUUGCUGUCCCCUGGGAACUUUUGGCAGAAUGACUGGGAACGCUUUCACGCUGAUCCUGACAUCAUCAGGACCAUCCACCAGCAUGAGCCCAAAACCCUGCAGACCUCAGCCACACUCAAGGACUUGCUGUUUGGUGUUCCUGGGAAGUACAGUGGAGUGAGCCUCUACACCAGGAAGAGGAUGGUCUCAUACACCAUUACCUUGGUCUUCCAGCACUAUCAUGCUAAGUUCUUGGGCAGCCUGCGUGCCCGCCUGAUGCUCCUGCACCCCAGUCCCAACUGCAGCCUUCGGGCAGAGAGCCUGGUCCACGUGCACUUCAAAGAGGAGAUUGGCAUUGCUGAACUCAUCCCCCUCGUGACCACCUACAUCAUCCUGUUUGCCUACAUCUAUUUCUCCACACGCAAGAUCGACAUGGUCAAGUCCAAGUGGGGGCUGGCCCUGGCCGCUGUGGUCACGGUGCUCAGUUCGCUGCUCAUGUCCGUGGGGCUCUGCACCCUCUUUGGCCUGACGCCCACACUUAAUGGCGGUGAGAUUUUUCCUUACCUUGUGGUGGUUAUUGGGUUAGAGAACGUGCUGGUGCUCACCAAGUCGGUGGUCUCGACCCCAGUGGACCUCGAGGUGAAGCUGCGGAUUGCUCAAGGCCUAAGCAGUGAAAGCUGGUCCAUCAUGAAGAACAUGGCCACAGAGCUGGGCAUCAUCCUCAUCGGCUAUUUCACCCUCGUGCCUGCCAUCCAGGAGUUCUGUCUCUUUGCCGUUGUGGGCUUGGUGUCCGACUUCUUCCUUCAGAUGCUGUUUUUUACCACCGUCCUGUCCAUUGACAUUCGCCGGAUGGAGUUAGCAGACCUGAACAAGCGGCUGCCCCCUGAGGCCUGCCUGCCCCCAGCUAAGCCAGUGGGACGGCCAGCACGCUACGAGCGGCAGCUGGCUGUGCGGCCGACUAUGCCCCACACCAUCACGCUGCAACCGUCCUCCUUCCGAAACCUACGGCUGCCCAAGAGGCUGCGUGUCAUCUACUUUCUGGCCCGCACCCGCCUGGCACAGCGCCUCAUCAUGGCUGGCACUGUCGUCUGGAUUGGCAUCCUGUUGUACACAGACCCCGCAGGGCUGCGCACCUACCUGGCUGCGCAGGUGACAGAACAGAGCCCACUGGGCGAGGGCGCUCUGGCUGCCAUGCCUGUGCCCAGCGAUGUGCUCCCCGCCAGCCACCCAGACCCUGCCUUCUCCAUCUUCCCACCUGAUGCCCCUAAGCCAGCUGAGAACCAGACAUCGCUGGGGGAGCCCGCUGGGGGUCUGGCAGAGGGUGUCCAUGUCAGCCCAGUCCCAGAGGUAACCUGGGGGCCUGAGGAUGAGGAACUUUGGAGGAAAUUGUCCUUCCGCCACUGGCCGACGCUUUUCAGCUACUACAAUAUCACACUGGCCAAGAGGUACAUCAGCUUGCUGCCCGUCAUCCCUGUCACCCUUCGCCUGAAACCGAGAGACGCCCUGGAGGGGCGGCACCCGCAGGAUGGCCACAGUGCCUGGCCCCCGCCAGGCCUGAACCCGGGCCCUGCUCCCCACGGACUCUGGGAGGCCAGCCCCGAGGGGCCAGGCAGGGCACAGGCUCAUGGAGACGUCACCCUGUACAAGGUGGCGGCACUUGGCCUGGCUGCGGGCAUUGUCCUCGUGCUGCUGCUGCUCUGCCUCUACCGUGUGCUCUGCUCACGCAACUAUGGGCUACCUGGUGGCGGGCCCAGCCGGCGGAAGCGUGGGGAGCUGCCCUGUGAUGACUAUGGCUAUGCCCCACCUGAGACGGAGAUCGUGCCCCUGGUGCUGCGGGGGCACCUCAUGGACAUUGAGUGUCUAGCCAGCGAUGGCAUGCUGCUGGUGAGCUGCUGCCUGGCUGGCCACGUUUGCGUGUGGGACGCACAGACUGGGGACUGCCUCACGCGCAUCCCACGCCCAGGGCUGCGCCGAGACAGUGGAGGCACUGGUGGCGUGUUUGAGGCUCAGGAGAGCUGGGAAAGUCUGUCAGAUGGUGGGAAGGGCAGCCCAGAGGAGCCUGGGGACAGCCCUCCGUUGCAGCACUGCCCCCGGAGCCCUCCGUCACUUUCCCUUUUCCGGGACCAGCCAGACCUCACCUGUCUCAUUUACACCAACUUCUCUGAGCAGCCUCGGCUUCAACCCUCGGAGCUGGCACAGCCCGAGCCCCGGCACCGGGCCAGCUGUGGCCGUGCUCGGGACUCCCCAGGCUAUGACUUCAGCCGCCUGGUGCAGCAGGUGUACCAGGAGGAGGGGCUGGCUCCCGUCCACAGGCCAGCCCUGCGCCCACCCUCCCCUGGCCCUGCGCCACCCCAGGGCCCUGACGAGGGGGGCUCUCCUCCAGAGAAGGGCUCCCCUUCCCUCACCUGGGCCCCCAGCACAGAUGGCUCCAUCUGGAGCCUGGAGCUGCAGGGCAACCUCAUCGUGGUGGGGCGGAGCAGCGGUCGCCUGGAGGUGUGGGACGCUAUCGAGGGUGUGCUCCACUGCAGCAGUGAGGAGGUCUCCUCAGGCAUCACGGCCCUCAUCUUCCUGGACAAGAGGAUUGUGGCUGCCCGGCUCAAUGGUUCCCUCGAUUUCUUCUCCUUGGAGACCCAUGCUGCCCUCAGCCCCCUACAGUUCAGAGGGACCCCAGGGCGGGGCAGUUCCCCUGCAUCCCCUGUGUACAGCAGCAGCGACACAGUGGCCUGUCACCUGACCCACACAGUGCCCUGUGCACACCAGAAACCCAUCACAGCCCUAAAGGCUGCUGCCGGGCGCCUUGUGACUGGAAGCCAAGACCACACACUAAGGGUGUUCCGUCUGGAAGACUCGUGUUGCCUCUUCACCCUGCAGGGCCACUCAGGGGCCAUCACAACUGUGUACAUUGACCAGACCAUGGUGCUGGCCAGUGGAGGACAAGAUGGGGCCAUUUGCCUGUGGGAUGUGCUGACUGGAAGCCGAGUCAGCCACAUGUUUGCUCACCGUGGGGAUGUCACUUCCCUCACCUGUACCACUACCUGUGUCAUCAGCAGCGGCCUGGAUGACCUCAUCAGCAUCUGGGACCGCAGCACAGGGAUCAAGCUCUACUCCAUUCAGCAGGACCUGGGCUGUGGUGCGAGCUUAGGCGUCAUCUCAGACAACCUGCUGGUGACUGGUGGCCAGGGCUGUGUCUCCUUUUGGGACCUAAACUACGGUGACCUGUUGCAGACAGUCUACCUGGGGAAAAAUAGUGAGGCCCAGCCAGCCCGCCAGAUCUUGGUGCUGGAUAAUGCCGCUAUUGUCUGCAACUUUGGCAGUGAGCUCAGCCUGGUGUACGUGCCCUCUGUGCUGGAGAAGCUGGACUGAGGGCUGCAGCGACUGAGACCUCCCACCCACCCACUCAGGCCACACAGGGCUCUUCCUGCCCAGGAAGGUGAUGUGUGCUCUGAGGGGGCCAAUGCACUGGACCUAGAUGAGGGAGAAGGAGCUGAGUGUCAUCUGGAAAACUGUAAUAAACUUUUUUUUUUUUAAAUCACA